AUGACGGCGGGCGCGGUGAGCGGUCCGAACGCGAACCCGCCGCCGCCGCCGGUAGCGCCCGGUCUCCCAAAAACCCGGAAGUGUGACGGCGAAGGAAACGACGAGGGCCGGAGCAUUGCCGUCGCCGCCGGUGACGCGGGUGUGUCGGGUGUGGGCAGGUACCGGCAAUUUCGACAGCGCACUACUCCGCCGUUUAAUCCGACGGGUACCACCGACGUUUCGACAAGAACGUUCCGCCCGGCGGUGCCGCGGGCGGCGGCCGGUGCGAACAACCGUCCCGAAAAUCGCCGUAUACACCCGGUGUGCCUAUUCAAUAAUAUUACAUCCGUCCGUUUUCACCAUAACCAUCCCGGAGAACGGCUCGCAAUUCAUUCGAUACGAAUGUCAAUCGAAAACACGUCCUAG